AUGGCUCCACCACUGAAGACUGGCAAGCGCAAUUACUCUUAUUCUUUUGUGAAUCCUAAUCUGAAGUUUGUUGAGUGUUUGGCAAAGAAGAUCACACCGGAUGAGUCAACCAAUUUCCGAGAAAAAUAUGGGUACAUUCUGAGCCUCCUUAAGAUGCCAUUCACCAAGGAUGAGCAAGAGGGAGUUCACACUUUGCUUCAGUUUUAUCAUCCUUCCCUCCGUUGUUUCGCAUUCACUGAUUAUCUUUUGGCUCCUACCUUGGAAGAGUAUUCGUCAUUCCUUGGCAUUCCUGUUGGGAAAGAGGUACCUUAUUAUAGCGCCAUGAAGGCCCCUGAUUCCGUUGAAAUCGCUAAGGCUCUUUAUUUGAGCAAAUCAGUCGUGGAGGCAAGUCUCACCAAGAAAGGAGGUUGUCAUGGUUUUCGUAUGGAAUUCCUGGUUAAAAGAGGUUGUGAUGCUGCUGAAGCCAAAGAGUGGGACACUUUCAGAGCUAUUCUGGCUCUAAGUAUCUAUGGUAUUGUGAUGUUCGCAAAUGUACCUGACUUUGUCGAUAUGAAUGCCAUCCACAUAUUCAUUCUGCAGAACCCCGUUCCUACACUUCUGGGGGAUGUUUAUCAUUCUGUUCAUCAUCGUAAUGAGCAGAAAGGAGGUUUGGUUAGAUUCUGUGCUCCGCUGCUAUACCGUUGGUUCAGAUCACAUUUGCCGGAACGUGGAGCUUUUGUUGAUAGUAGGUACACAUCCAGAUGGGCUGAUAGAAUUAUGGGGCUUAGAGCUAAGGACAUUGUCUGGUACAACCGAUCCUUGGACCAUAUGGAAGUUGUUAUGAGUUGUGGGAAAUUCAAGAAUGUGCCUCUCAUGGGCAUCAGAGGUGGGAUCAACUAUAAUCCUAUCCUGGCUAGAAGAACAUAUGGAUACGCUUUCAUUAGUCCUCCUGAACAAGCAGAGAUUGCUGAGAAUAUUUACUAUCAUUCAGCCACCAAUGUUGGGCAAAUGGCAGAAGCUGCGCAAGCCUGGAAGAAUAUUUGCUGGAGAGAUAAGAAGUACUUUGGUCAAAGAGACUGUGCGACUUAUAAAGACUAUACUGAGUGGGUUGAAGUUGUGGUCAACACUCAAGGGAUGCCCUUCCCUCCAAAAGAUCCUUUGUAUCCUCCUGCUGGUGUACAACCCGACAUUGUAUCCAUGCCUUGUUAUAAUCAGACUGUGGAGCAGAAUAGGAAGUUGACUGAGCAAAUGGAGACGAUGCAAGUCAAGAUGAAUACUGAUAGAGGAAGUACCUCCCAGAAAAGGUCAAGAGUGACCAUAGACUCUAAAUCUGCUAAAUCUCAAGAGAGGGAGAUCAAAGAGCAUUAUGAAGAUCAGUUGGCGGAAUUGACAAAGAGGCUCCAAAUCCAAACUGAUAUAGCCAAAUCAGAGAAAGCCCGUCGAAAGAAAGCAGACAAGCUCCUUCUGGAACGUCAGGCAAGGAUUGAGGGGUGUUAUGAAGAGAUUCGCAAGUUGAAGGGUCGAAUGGAGGAAAAGGGCCAAAGUGAUGCUCAAGCUCAAGAGGAGGCCAGAGGUUGGGAAUUGAGAAGCCGUUACUUGGAGACCAUGCAUUUCAGGAAGGACCUAUUGAUUCAAGAAGUUGUUAAAAGACCAACCCAUGCUGAGACCAAAAAGCUAAUCACCACCAGUCUUGUUGGAUGGGGUUCUUAUUUCCAUUUUUUGUAUUGUUGGCUCAUGAGAGCGGAUUAUUUUGUACUUCAAACAUGGUUGUGGAAUUAA